AUGUCGCUGUAUCACGAGACGGCCGAGAUCCUCUCGGCGAGCCCGGACCACGGCGGCAGUCUCAAGAGCCGCGUCUUUGGCAAAAAGGGCCUCAAGUCGCCGCCCGCGCAGGUGUAUGCUCUCGCUCUCGAGACAUGCAAGUGGAGCGGGGUUUUGAAGGAGGUCAUCGAGGCGGCCGAGAUCCUGCGCCACGAGCGCAAGCUCACCCCCGUGCUGGCACUGCUGCUGGUGCAUGACUUCCUACUGGCCAAGAAGGGCAUUGCGCUGCCGCAGACUCACGGUCUGAGAACUUCUGUUGAGAGGCACAAGGCCAGGCUCACCUCUGAGCUGACCCGCGCGAGGCUACGAAGGAAGAUGCCGUCGCUGGAGGCGUUGAGGGCAGAUGUCAAUGCGAACUCUGACCCCGAGGGAAGGCACCCUCGAUGGAUCAGGGUAAACGUGCUCAAGAGUAAUGUGGAGGACCAGCUUGAGACGACGUUUAAGGCGUACGAGAGGGUACUAUCCAUCGAAGCCGUGACGCAGUCGACGGGCAAAGCCAUCUUCAUCGACGCGCACGUCCCCAACCUGUUAGCGGCAUCGCCCGGAACGGACGUUACGAAGACGCCAGCGUACCUCAAGGGAGAGAUUAUCUUGCAGGACAAGGCCUCGUGCUUCCCGGCGUAUCUGCUCGACCCGCGGUCCGAGGACGGGGACGUCAUCGACUCGUGCGCGGCUCCCGGGAACAAGACAACACACCUGGCUGCCAUCGUCAAGUCACACGAGCCGGAGCAGGGCGCCCAGAAGCAGACCAUCUUUGCGUUCGAGAGGGACUCCAGGAGGGCGCAGACGCUGGAGAAGAUGGUCAAGAUCGCGGGCAGCAGGGGCCUGACCAAGAUAGGACCAGGCCAGGACUUCCUGGACGUCGACCCCAAGGCGGACGCCUACAAGGAUGUCGGAGCUCUGCUUCUGGACCCUAGUUGUUCGGGCAGCGGUAUCGUAGGACGGGAUUCUAUGCCGGAACUGCAUCUUCCCGAGACUCCCGGCCCUGCCGCGGCGAAGGGGGCCAAGGGGAAGGCGUCCAAGCAGGACAACCGCAAGCGGAAGCGAGACGAAGAGGAGAAGCCGAUGAUGGUUGACGACGACGGGAAUGCUGUCGAGGUGCAGUCGGAACAGGAGCUGCAGAAGCGGCUUGACGCGCUCGCUGGGUUCCAACUGACGCUACUGCUCCACGCGAUGAGGUUCCCUUCGGCGAAGAAGAUUUCCUAUUCCACCUGCUCGAUUCACGCGGAGGAAAACGAGGGGGUUGUGAUCAGGGCUCUUGCGUCAAAGGUUGCAAAGGAGCGUGGGUGGAAGAUUCUGGCGAGGGAGAAGCAGGUCCGCGGGAUGCGCGAGUGGCCUGUUCGUGGACUGCCCGAGGCGGCGGUUGGUGACGAGACUGUGGCGGAGGCUUGCAUCCGGACCUACAAGGGCGAUGGCCACGGCGUCAUGGGUUUCUUCGUCGCUGCGUUUGCAAGGGACGGAAGUGAGGGUGCAGCCGAUGAUGAUGGGCCGUACGUUAGGGAUGAUGAGGGGCGGAUCGUAAGGGACGUGGCGGGGAUGCCGGUGCUGAAGAGCACGGGCGAGACCGUCGUCUUGGAGGACGCUAUUGCGGCUCAGACACAGGCACCGGAGGAAGGCAAGGACCUUUCGAGUGAGGACGAGAGCGAGGAGUCGGAUGACGGAAGUGACGAAGAGGAGGACGACAACGAGUGGACCGGGUUCGACUAG